AUGUGUAUGAACGACAUUUCGAGGCUGGCACUAACCAAUCUUCGAGAUUAUCAAGAUAGCAGCUGGCUGAACAUCGACCAUCUCCCUGGCAGUGGCCUAAAGUUUAAGGACGGCAUAACUAAGGACAAUUUUGGAUCUGAUAGUGUUAAGGACGGUCGGGCUGAAGACGAUUCCCACGAGAUUAAGCAAUAUUUUGGUGUGGCUGAAGAUGGUCCUAGGGACGGGGAUGAAGUAGGACAUGGUAUGGAAGACGCCAUCGCGGACUCUGAGACGGAUGGCAUUGAUAUAGACGCCGAAGUGUCCUAUGGCAAGGAGGUUCACAGGGCUGGGCUUGGCGGCGACGCUGAAACUGACGCUGCAUUUCCAGAAGAGCAGAACCCGUCUGACACCCAAGCUCUUCAAGCUCCAGUGCACUCUCCUCGCGUGGCCCGCAGAUGUCGGGGUAGACCUUGCCGCAGCCGACCUGCGAUCGCAUUAGGGAAUACUACCUGGGAGGUUAUCAAGAUUGUGGGAGAUCAACAGUCAGGCGAGAGGCGGGUCCUCAAGGUUCAGGUUGAGGCAUGGUUGGCAGAAGAAGGUCUCUCCACUCUCCAUGACGCCAUCGCAAUACAUCGGGGCAAGCAGGGUCGUACGAGGGGCAAGAGGAAGACCAUAUAUGGGACACAAAGAAGGAGCGGGCGCCGAGGGAAGAAAAAGCCUCAAGCCACCGGCGUUGACAAUCUGCCAGAGCCUUGGAUCUCGUAG